AUGGCUGCAACCGACGCACAACCUCUCCCAGCCGAUCUGUUCCAUCUUCUCACGGCCGAAUUGGCAGCGAGACAAGACUUCGCCACCCUAUACUCAUGUGUCGCUAGUAGCAGGUACCUGGCCAAUGCCGGUGCUAUCACAGCAUUGUACCGGAUCAGUCUUGGUGAAGGCUCUCCCGUCAAGGGCGGCGGCAGCGACAACCUGUCGUUCGCAGAACAGGAUCUGGUCAUAAUGCGAUGGUCCAUUAUGUGGCGUACGCUCAUACUUUCGUCUCUUGGGAAGACUAUGUAUCCAUACUGCAGGCACUUGCGUGAGCUCGAUUUACGCGAUCUCAGUGAUCUUCUCGACAGACUGGAUGAGCCCAAGUUCCGCACCAAGGUUGCGAAGCAGUUCUUCAAGGGAGACCUGAAGCAGUUCCAUCAUACUUACCAGACCAUCGGUAAAUAUCAAGUCACAAGACUGGACAUUAAGAAGAUUCUCUUCGAAAUCGGCGACCAGAUUACACAACACGCCCCGCUCCUUGAGGGCAUCAGUGAGCCCAACAGCUCUGAUGUAUUGACCAAGGCGUUACCAGGUUGGGCGUCUCGGCUGAGCCACCUGCAUGAGCUAGAGCUGUGGGACGGCAAAGCACUUGCUGAUGAGACGCUGCGAAGUCUGGUCCACAAGCAUUGCCCAAGGCUUCAACACCUGCGAAUCUACCACUCCUCUGGGGAGAACCCGGAUACUUAUCUGGCCACCUUCCUAGGCGGUAUGCCGGCAAACACAUUGACCUCGUUUGAGAACAAUGGCACGUCAGGCAUUGCCGCUGAGACCUGCUUGGCGCUGAACAACCACGGCAAGAGCUUAAUCUCGCUCAAAUUAGCACUCGAUGAAGAUGGGAUGCUUGCCUUGGGAUUGCUGCAAUCAUGCACCCAGAUCGAGAUACUGAGUGUGGCGGCGCUACGCGCUACGGUCGAUCUGAAAGCAAUUCAGAACGAUGUCUUCACCACAAUCGUGGACUGGCUGAAUCAAUGUCACAGACUGGUACGCAUGUUGAGACUCAUGAAAUCGAUCACGGAUCAUGCUGACAGGAUUAUACCUCCUGGCAUGUUCAUGCACAACGCGGGCGACGCAUACAAGGCGCCAAGUGUGCACUCAGCUGACACGUUCUUGUUUUAUAGUGUCGAAGUCAGCCUCGACGGCGUUGUUUCUGCACCAGACCUUUUGCUACCCAUUCUGCUCAACGCCAAAGUCAGGCUGCACGACUUGCAUGUCACUGCUAAGGAAGGCUCGCUAUAUCUGGUCAAGGACCACCACGACUUUCAUAAGGCACUAGCGACACAGAAAAACUUGCGUAACCUCAAGCUACGGGCCGAUCCCGAGAGCGUGACCCGAGAUGAUAUGGACGUACUGCUCGAUUCUCUAUGCAGUCUGACAAACCUCCGCGAGCUGGAUGUCUGGCGCAUCUCGGAAUACUUCAACAAUGAGCACAUCAAACUCCUCGCCGAGCAUUUGCCGUUGCUGGAAGUCCUGUAUCUUGGAGGAUAUGGCAUCACUGACGCGGUGUGGGAUGGCAUAUCUGGUUUGCAGCAUCUCAAGCAGGCGACAUUUGCUGGCCUCACAAGCUUCACCGCGGACGGCAUCCAAGCUUUCAUUCAGACACUUAGUGCUUCUAAUUCUGGGCUUGUCCUCUCGGUUGAUCUAGCAGAUCCAGAUUACAUGAUAUCUGAUGAGGAUCAAGACAAGCUCCGCGAAGCUUUAGUUGCUAAAGUCGGCGGGCGCUUCGAAUAUCAGCUGCUGAGAGGUAUUUCAUACGCUUUCCAUAUCUUAUCGUACUGUGCUGACGUGACCAGACCCAAAUAUGCCAGAUUUCGACGAGAGUGA